AUGGGAAAUAAGAGACAGGACAAUGCGGGGGAGAAGAACAUGAAGAAGAAGAAGUGGGGGUCGUCCAUGGGCUCCAUAUUCAUGCACGCAGAUGGAGUGGACAAGUGCUUGAUGGGUCUCGGCUUCUUCGGAGCUGUUGCCGAUGGCUUCUCUACGCCCCUCGUGCUCUAUGGCACAAGCCGGCUCAUGAACGACCUAGGCUCUGCUUCUUCUCUGGAUCCCGUGACAUUUCUUCACAACAUCAACAAGAAUGCGGUGCUUAUCUUGUACGUGGUCUGUGGACUGGUGUUUGCUUGUUUUCUAGAAGGGUAUUGUUGGACCAGGACUGGUGAGAGGCAAGCGGCAAAAAUAAGAGCCGGGUACUUGAGAGCCGUGCUCAGGCAAGACGUGACCUACUUCGACAUGCAUGUGACGAGCACGUCAGAAGUCGUCACCAGCGUGUCCAACGAUAGUCUCGUGAUUCAGGACGUCCUAAGCGAGAAGGUCCCUAAUUUUCUUGUCAAUGUGUCGGUAUUCAUCGGGAGCUACAUAGCAUCAUUCGUAUUGUUGUGGAGAUUGGCGAUAGUCGGGUUCCCCUUUGCUGUGCUUCUCCUACUCCCGGGCAUGACAUAUGGGAGGACUCUUAUGGUUAUUGCAAGAAAGAUGAGGGAAGAGUAUAAUAAGGCUGGUACGGUAGCAGAACAGGCGGUCAGUUCCAUCAGAACGGUUUAUGCCUUCGCCGGUGAGAGCAAAACGCUUUCCGAGUUUUCUAAAUCUCUUGAAGGAUCUGUGAAGUUGGGGCUGAGGCAGGGCCUGGCUAAAGGCUUGGCGAUCGGAAGCAACAGUAUUGUGUUCGCCAUUUGGUCUUUCAUGGCAUAUUAUGGUAGUAGAAUGGUCAUGUACCAUGGCUAUCAAGGCGGAACGGUUUAUGUCGUCGGCACAGCCAUUACUUAUGGUGGAGUGGCAUUUGGUUCUGCUUUAUCCAACCUCAAGUACUUCUCUGAAGCGUUCGCAGCAGGUGAGCGUAUAGCGGAGAUGAUGAAGAGAGUGCCCACGAUUGAUCUAGAGAACAUGAAGGGGGAGACUUUACAGAAGUUGGAAGGAAACAUCGAAUUUAGACACGUCGAGUUUGCGUAUCCAUCGAGACCUGAAAACAUCAUCUUCAAAGACUUCUCUCUCGCGAUCCCAUCAGGAAAGACUCUAGCUUUGGUUGCUGGCAGCGGCUCGGGAAAAUCCACGGUGAUAUCGCUCCUGCAGAGGUUCUACGACCCGCUCAGUGGAGAAAUACUCCUCGACGGGAUUGCCACCAAUAAGCUGCAAAUUAAAUGGCUGAGAUCGCAAAUGGGACUUGUGAGCCAAGAGCCUGCGCUCUUUGCAACUAGCAUAAAGGAGAAUAUACUCUUUGGCAAGGAGGAUGCCGAGAUGGAGGAGGUGAUCGAAGCUGCCAAGGCUUCUAAUGCUCAUAACUUCAUCGAUCAGUUGCCUCUGGGGUACGAUACACAGGUAGGGGACAGAGGCACCCAAUUGUCAGGAGGGCAGAAGCAGAGAAUAGCCAUCGCCCGGGCAAUCAUUAAAGCACCUAGAAUCCUCCUCCUAGAUGAAGCAACAAGCGCGUUAGACACGGAGUCUGAGAAAAUCGUCCAAGAAGCACUCGAACGAGCUUCCGUUGGUCGCACAACGAUCAUCGUUGCUCACCGGCUAUCUACAAUACAACAUGCCAAUAAUAUCGCUGUCAUUCAGAAUGGGCAAGUGACAGAGUAUGGCAAUCAUGAAGAGCUAAUCCAGAAUAAGGACGGCCUCUACACCUCGUUGGUCAAUCUUCAGAAAUCAGAGAAACAGAAACCGACUGAUCAAGUUAAGAAAACCGAGAACCAAAUCACGUCUUCCAUAUUAAGCACGGAUGGAAAUAGUGGUGGUAGCCGCCAUAACCUAUCCAAGGUGAGUCGGUCCAACUCAGCCAGGUCAAAGCCACCAGUUGGUUCGGAUGAUCAAAACAUCCCAGUUCCAUCUUUGCGAAGAUUGAUAGCUUUGAACAUGCCGGAGUGGAAACAAGCGAUCCUGGGGUGCACCAGCGCGAUAUUGUUCGGUGCAGUUCAACCCGUGUAUUCUUUCACCCUGGGCUCAAUGGUCUCGGUUUUUUUCUUGACAGACCACGAGGAGGUUAAAGCAAAUAUAAGGAUUUAUGCAAUCUGCUUUCUGGGUUUGGCCGUGUUCUCGCUAGUGGUCAGCAUGAUCCAACACUACAAUUUCGCUUUCAUGGGGGAGUACUUGACUAAGAGAAUCCGAGAGCAGAUGCUCUCUAAGAUCCUGACUUUCGAAGUCGGAUGGCACGAUCAAGAUCAGAACUCCAGCGGUUCGGUUUGCUCUAGACUCGCUAAGGAUGCCAAUGUGGUGCGAUCUUUGGUGGGUGACCGUAUGGCUCUUAUCGUGGAGACAUGCUCGGCUAUAACAAUUGCCUGCACCAUGGGUCUGAUCAUCGCGUGGCGACUCGCUCUUGUGUUAAUGGCUGCACAACCCUUCAGCAUAGUCAGCUUCUACAUGAGACGAGUGCUCCUAAAGAGCAUGUCUCAAAAGGCCAUCAAGGCUCAAGAUGAAAGCAGCAAGCUCGCAGCGGAUGCAGUCUCCAACCACCGAACGAUCACUUCCUUCUCUUCGCAAGAGCGCAUCCUCAACAUGCUCGAGAAAGCCCAGGAAGGCCCAGAACGAGAGAGCAUCCGGCAGUCGUGGUAUGCUGGUUUGGGAUUAACAGCCUCGCAUUUCUUUACCAAGUGCGCUUGGGUUCUAGGUUUCUGGUAUGGAGGCAAGUUGAUUUCGCAAGGGAAAAUCACAAUGAAAGAGCUCUUCGAGACGUUCCUGGUCUUGAUCAGCACAGGCAAGGUGAUUGCGGACGCCGGGAGCAUGACCACGGACCUUGCCAAGGGCAUUGACACGGUCAGGUCCGUGUUCGCCAUAUUGGACCGGAAGACUGGAAUCGAACCCGAGGACACGGAAGGAUACCGGCCAAGAAAUAUAACAGGCCAUGUAGAGUUUUGCAGGGUAGAUUUUGCCUACCCAGAAAGGCCGGACGUCAUCAUCUUAAAGGACUUCUCAUUCAACAUCGAAGCGGGCAAAUCCACAGCAUUAGUCGGACAGAGUGGAUCUGGAAAAUCAACCCUCAUUGGCUUGAUCGAAAGAUUCUACGAUCCAAUCAGUGGCUCAGUAAAAAUCGAUGGACGAGAUGUGAGGUCAUACCACCUCAGGGCCUUAAGGAAGCACAUCGCGUUGGUCAGUCAGGAGCCGACUCUAUUCGCUGGCACAAUAAGAGAGAACAUUGUCUAUGGAAUCUCGUGCGAGACGAGCGAAAUGGAAAUCGUCGAGGCUGCACGGGCUGCCAAUGCUCACGACUUCAUCGUGGCACUAAAGGACGGAUACGACACAUGGUGCGGGGACAAGGGGGUCCAGCUCUCCGGAGGACAAAAGCAGAGAGUUGCCAUAGCGAGAGCCGUGCUGCGAAACCCGACACUGUUGUUGCUCGAUGAGGCGACUAGCGCGCUCGACAGCCAGUCAGAGAAGGUGGUGCAGAAUGCGCUGGAAUGUUUGAUGGUCGGACGGACCACGUUAGUGGUGGCGCAUAGGUUGAGUACAAUACAAGGGUGCGAUGUGAUCGCCGUGCUGGACAAAGGGAAGGUGGUGGAGAAGGGGAGCCACUCUUCCUUGUUGGCUAAGGGUCUGGCCGGAGCUUACUACUCGCUCGUGAACCUUCACAGCGCGCCGAGCGUCACGGAAAGUAUCGAAUAGUGUGUGAGGUGAAUCUGCUUGAAACAGGGGGAAAAAAAAGGACAUUGAGAAAUGUAAUU